AUGGACAGGUACAAAGCUCCAGCUGUAACCUCCCUGAGGAAGAGACAGAAAGGGUUGCAUUCCCCAAAACUUUCCUGCAGCUAUGAAAUAAAGUUCAGUAGCUUUGUCAUUUUUAUUAUGCAGAGGAAGAUGGGGAUGACCAGAAGGAGAUUUUUGAUGGAACUGGGAAGAAGAAAAGGUUUCAGAGUAGAAAGUGAGCUAAGUGACUCUGUCACUCAUAUUGUGGCUGAGAACAACUCUUACCUGGAGGUGCUGGACUGGCUGAAAGGACAGGCUGUGGGUGACAGCUCUAGGUUUGAACUACUGGACAUCUCCUGGUUCACAGCCUGCAUGGAAGCAGGAAGACCAGUUGAUUCAGAAAUGAAGUAUCGUCUCAUGGAGCAUUGCCAAUCUCCUCCUCUGAGUACACCUGAAUUGGAAAUGCCAGCAUUUAUUGCAACAAAAGUGUCUCAGUAUUCCUGCCAGAGGAAGACAACUUUGGAUAACUACAACAAGAAAUUCACGGAUGCCUUUGAGGUAAUGGCUGAAAAUUAUGAGUUCAAAGAAAAUGAAAUAUUCUGCCUGGAAUUUUUAAGGGCAGCUUCUUUGCUGAAAUCUCUUCCAUUUUCAGUAACCAGAAUGAAAGAUAUACAAGGGCUGCCCUGCUUGGGAGACCAAGUCAGAGAUAUCAUUGAGGAGAUUAUUGAAGAAGGAGAGAGUUCUAGAGUUAAAGAAGUGCUAAAUGAUGAGCGAUACAAAGCAUUUAAGCAAUUUACUUCAGUCUUUGGAGUGGGGGUGAAGACAUCUGAGAAAUGGUACAGAAUGGGUUUGCGGACUGUGGAAGAGGUAAAAGCUGACAAGACCCUGAAGCUGUCAAAAAUGCAGAAAGCAGGAUUUCUCUACUAUGAAGACCUUGUUAGCUGUGUGUCUAAAGCAGAAGCAGAUGCAGUAAGCUUGAUUGUCAAGAAUACUGUGUGUUCAUUUCUACCAGAUGCUUUAGUUACCAUAACUGGUGGUUUCAGGAGGGGUAAGAAUAUUGGACAUGACAUAGAUUUUUUGAUCACCAAUCCAGGACCAAGAGAAGAUGAUGAACUUCUGCAUAAAGUUAUUGACUUAUGGAAAAAGCAGGGCUUACUCCUUUAUUGUGAUAUCAUUGAAUCAACGUUUGUGAAGGAACAGCUGCCAAGCAGAAAAGUUGAUGCCAUGGAUCAUUUUCAGAAGUGUUUUGCAAUUUUAAAAUUAUAUCAGCCAAGAGUAGACAACAGCACUUGCAACACGUCAAAAAAAUUGGGAAUGGCAGAAGUCAAAGACUGGAAGGCAAUCCGUGUGGAUCUGGUCAUAACCCCCUUUGAGCAAUAUGCAUAUGCUCUGUUAGGCUGGACAGGCUCCAGGCAAUUUGGACGUGAUUUGAGGAGGUAUGCUGCUCAUGAAAGGAAGAUGAUACUGGAUAACCAUGCAUUAUAUGACAGGAGAAAGAGGAUCUUUCUCAAAGCUGGAAGUGAAGAAGAAAUCUUUGCACAUCUUGGCUUGGAUUAUGUCGAACCAUGGGAAAGAAAUGCUUAAAAAUAUUUGCCAGUGUAAAUUCAUCUGUUGACUGCAAUGGUGUUUCUGCCCACCUUGCAGUCUGAUUUAGUUAUAUAUACAUAUAUAAUAAAUGUUUCUAUGACAACAAAAAAUUAAAUAAGUAUUAGAAGCCAUUUGUACAUGCUAAUGUUCCUAGAAGAUAAGAGUAUAAGUUUUUCACAAUCUUUUCCAGUCUUUUCUGGUUUUGAAGUUUCUGUGUGGUUGUGAUAAGACAGAGCUUGUUUUGGGGGGAAAACAUGGAACUGGUGAGAUUUUUGCUUAUGAUAGGAAUUUAACAUUAGUAUGAACAGUGCUUGUUUUUUAAAAUAGUCAGCUACAACAAUACAUAAAUAAUUCAAAACAUUUGAGCUGAGUCAAAACAUUACUGAAAUGUGUGCUGGUCUUUAACUGAAUUUCUUACGUGUUUUGCUGAAUGUGUGUAUAAAACUGCUCUGUAUGUAAGGCUUAAUGACCUAGGCAGUAACUACUUUGCAGUCUCAGCAACUUGAGGCUUCAGUUGUAAUAUUUUCCCAGGUAGGGCACCAUUCUACAAAAACUAUAAACAAGUUGAUAAUUCAGUGAGAAUUUAAAAACACUUCAUUGGAAGGGAUUUUGAAAGGAAUAACUCAGUAGCAAACUUCAAUUGUGUAGAAAAAUACUAUCUGUACUGAUUUGGAAUAAAGAGGACUCAGGUUAUGUGAAGUAAUGGUCCUCAAUCAGGAAUUUGAAUCAUAACCUGCAUGAAAACAAUAGUUUUAACUGUCAGGCUGGUAACUGCUCCAAGACAAAAGAUUUUAAUUAUCUCUGCUCAAUUUAGAUAGAUGGAAAUUUAUUUAUUAGUUGGAAAUUUAUUUAUUAGUAAGUGUGAAUGCAUUGGAAUGGGAUUUUACUUGAGCUGUUGGGCUAUUGGCUUCUUUAGAGUUGUAUUCCUUCUCUUCAGUCAGAAAUUCAUCUAGGAUGUGAGAGGCUCUCUGAUAAAAGCCCUCUGAGAUAUUUUGGUUUCAGAAAAUGUCCUGGUAGCUCUUGUGACCAUAUUGACAAUGAAUGACUUGUAAUACAUUUAUCUUCUAAUAAACAGAGGCAUUUAGUGCUUUAGGAAAUGAAGCUAUUUACUGAUCAUUCAUCAUCUGAAAAUAAAGGUAAUUAAGAG